AUGAGCUACUUCCGCGUCACCCUCCUCCGCUCCGCAAUCGGUCUCCCGCGCCGCUCAACAGACGUCCUCAAGGCCCUGGGUCUGAAGAAGCGUAUGGGAACUGUCUUCCACGCCGUCACCCCAUCCGUUGCCGGUCAAAUUAUGAAAGUGAAGGAGCUUGUUUCUGUCGAAGAAGUCGACCGCCGCCUGACGAAGCAGGAGGUGCGUCUGGAGCGCAAGCCUGAUCCCGGAUACUACAUUGAGAAGAGUGCUGCGCAAGAACGAAGUGAGAUUAAUGCCCAGUAA